AUGUGGGUAAACUGCCCUCAAAUCAGCAUAGCGAAGAAUCUUAAAUUUGACCAGAAAUCAAGAAAGGUGGUAGAGCUCUUAGAGUAUGUGCUCCCCAACUACAAUCUGAAGCAGCCUACUAUCAAGGAAGAAAUGCUGAGGGUUAUCACCAAGAAGUUUGAAAAAGAUUUUCCUGAGACCUUCAACAAUGCCUUCAAGAAGCUCGAGGAUGCCUGUGCAGUGGAAACCAAACAAGUCUAUCCAGAGAAGACACACCCCAUCCUUGGUGAGCCUCAGAAACUCCUGACCCAAUCUUUGGUGAAGCUGAAAUACUUGGAGUACUGGCAGGUAGCCAACAGCGAUCCUCCAUGCUAUGAGUUCCUAUGAGGUCCCCAGACCCAUGCUGAAACAAUCAAAAUGAAAGUCCUGGAAUCUUUGGCCAAAUAUCAUCCAACAUGA